UCUCUCGUCGAUCUCUUUACCCUUUUCCAUAGCAUAGUCAUGGCGGCGACGGGCAAAACCAGCAGCACGGUGGUUGCGCUGUCCACCCUGGCUCUAGCGGCGAGCCUCCUCCUCCUCGCCGUCUCCACAGAGGCGGCCUGCCCCAGCAAAAACAAACCAACGCCAAGCGCAUCGACGGCGACGAGCGGGAGCGGCGGAGGUAAGUGCUCGGUGGACGCACUGAAGCUGGGGCUGUGCGCGGACGUGCUCGGCCUAGGCGACGGGCUGACGAACCUGAUGGCGGGCUCCUGGUCGACGGCGUCGUCGGGGAAGAAGCCGUGCUGCGAGCUCAUCGACGGCCUCGCCGACCUGGACGCCGCCGUCUGUCCUGCGGCAAGAAGCUCCCGGCUGGCUUCCAGUGCCCUAACUGAUCAACCGAGUCCGUACGCACGCACGCAGGAAUGGCACGUUGUUAAUUUGCUUGCUAGUAGUGGUACGUGCUGAGCGCGAAUUUUAAUUAAGUUUGUCUGUCUACUGGUCCGUUAAUGUUAAGUCUACUAUCUGGUGUCGUGUGGUGACGUAAUGACAUGUUCGGUGCUUGCUGCGCUAUACCUUCAGUUCCAACUUUGCUAAAUGGUUAUUCCCUGUGAACGCCGUGCUUUCCGAAACGAAUUAGAAUGGGAUAUGGACGUUGCUGACCAAGCAGACAUUAUACUACAUGC